UGAAGCAUUUAUCACUUCUCCUCUGUAAACAGUGGAACACUUUUCCAGUAUCUUCCAAUUGAGUUUUCCCAACUUUAGAACUUGUGAAUUUGUGAUAUACAAACCAACAUUAAUCUCUGAUAUCAGUAGAUUCAGUACUUCCAUUUCUUGCUCUAUCUCCAUCUCACUGUAUUGUGUUGAAGUGUGUGUCUGUACAUCUUCCAUCUCCAUUGAACCCUAGACCUACUUGAGCAGUGAUCAGCUUCUGAAAAGCCCUCAACUUCAACAACUUCUACUAUUGGUGAAACACGCCACUUUUCAGGAACUUGUAGAAGAUAUGGAGAAGAGGGUCCUACUGAUAUGUAUUGGAGUAUGUUUUCUGGGGGUCACAGCUGCUGCACUAGGUUUCGCUGCAGAAUCUAAGAGGAUCAAGGAAUCUGAGAUUAAUUUUUUCGGACCUGGCAAAUGUGCAUACCCAAGGACCCCAGCUUACGCCCUCGGAUUGACUGCAUUUGUGGUUCUUAUAGUUGCUCAGGGAAUUAUUAAUGCUUCAGCUGGCUGUAUGUGUUGUAACAGACUAUCUAGUGCUUGGGUUACAUUCUGCGCUGUCUUUUCCUGGUUGAUGUCUACUCUAGCUUCUAUUCAGUUACUUGCAGGAUCAAUUUUGAAUGACCGACACACUAUGGAUGAGAUGUACUCUGUUGACUUUUGUUAUGAAGUUCUUAGGCCUUGGAUAUUUGCAAAAGGCGCAAUAUUGGGUCUUAUAAGCGUUACCUUUGGGGUUCUAUAUUACCUCAACAUAUCUUCAAUCAAAGACAGGAACCAAAUGGGGACCCCUGUCAAUACUGAUAAUCAUGGAAAUAUCGCGAUGACCCAACCUCAAGUCCCAACUCAAAUGAGUCUACAACCGGUAUUCGUCCCUGAAGAUACGUACAAUCGGCGGCAACUCGUGUAACAAUACCUUUUUCUCGGCAUUCAGUAGUAAGUUACUCAUUUUUAUGUCUAUAUAUAUAAGAUCCACAACAUAUAGUUAUAUACAUGGGUUUCUGGCAUUCUGCAACUCCAGUGGAGACAAAUAACCACAACAACUUGAAGAAUGAAACAAGUUUAGAUUUGAACUCAAAUGCUGUGCACAGGAUGAUACAAAUAGUACUCAAAAAAAGUGGCACUGUCUUCUUCUUUUCUAGAAUAUUCUACAAACAUGUGUCUGCCAAAUUUAACCGCAUCUCUUUCUAUCCCAUCUACGAAGAUUUGUGGUUACAAAUUCUUGUAUGCAAUUUUUCUGUUGAGACUGCAACGUCUACAGCUACUCCGAAUAAAUGACGGCAACGAGUACACGUGUUUCUUCACAUACCCAAGACAAGGUUUACAGACUUGGGCACGACCAUAUUUUGUUUGCCAUUUUUGAUCUGUAACUACAUUGUUUUAAACAAUGUUUCAGUAUUUUUUGAAGGACAAAAGAUUCACUUUAGCAGAAGAAUCAAUGCAUAGUGUUAUUUUGUUGUGAAGAAAAAUCUGUUUAAAACAGUGAGUUUCAUACCUUGCCUGUUUUUCCUUGGAUCAUCAAAUCCCCCCAAUCUAAAGAAAUCACUGGAA